UAGACUGAAAUAUUAUUGUGAAGUGUUUAAGGUAAAACCACCAGUAGUUGACACUGCACUAGUAGUUGACACUUUUAAUGAAUAACAAGAGAAAUAAAGGUGCCAGAUGAAUAAUAUUGUUCUGUCUGUGUAGUGUAGCUCUCUAGUGGUGUGUAUGUGAACUACUGUACCGCCAUCUUUAACAGAAGUCGAAGUGCAAUCAUCUCAUGACAACAGUGCAUGCUUUUCAAUUAAUAGUUGGGAUUUCGUUGUGGAGUUGGCUAAGAACAGGCUAAAAGAUGCCUCCAACAAAAGGUAAUUUUAGAAAAUAUACACAAGAGGCAAUGGAAGCAGCUGUGGAAGAUGUAAGAUUGCAUAAUACACCUUAUAAAACUGCAGCUAAAAAAUUUAAUGUUCCAAGGGUCACUUUGAAGUACAAGGUUGAAGGAAAACACCCAAUUGACAGGAAAAUGGGUCCAGCAGCUAUUUCAAGUCCAGGUGAAGAAACAACUAUCUGUAAUUGGAUUUACAGCAUGGCCCAUGCAGGAUUUCCUGUUACAAUGCAGGAGGUUGUAUUCAGUGUGCAGCGCCUUUUAAAAGAGUUGAAGAGGCCGAACCCGUUCAAAGACAGCUGCCCAGGAAAAUCAUGGAUGAGAGGAUUCAUGAGAAGAAACCCCGGAAUAGCUGUUCGUAUGUCCCAAAACCUUACAACAACGAGGGCUGCAGUAACCAAGGAAAGCCUUUGUAAUUGGUUCUAAGAAGUUGAGGCAUUUUUGGUUGAAAAUAAACAAGAAGAGAUUCUACAAGAUCCAAGAAGAAUCUUCAAUACAGAUGAGACAGCAUUUUUUCUAAACCCAAAGGGUAGUAAAGUAUUGGCAAAAAAAGGGGAUAAGACUGUAUAUCAGCAAGUGAAUCCAGAUGAGAAAGAAUGCCUCACUGUCCUUAUCACAGGUAGUGCAAGUGGUGCUGUACCUCCCCCAACAGUUUUGUACAAAUAUAAAAGGAUCCCGCAGGAAAUUGCAGAGAAUUUUCCUCCAGCGUGGGGCUUGGGAAAAACAGAGUCUGGUUGGAUGACCUGUGAGGCAUUUUUCGAAUUUGUCGCUGAUAUUUUCUACCCAUGGCUGAAGAAAGAAAAUAUUCCUUUGCCAGUUGCUCUUUUUGUGGAUGGGCACUCAUCUCAUCUGAGUUUGCAAGUGAGUCAGUUUUGUGAAAAAAAUGGCAUAAUCCUCAUCGCACUGUACCCAAAUGCAACGCAUCUCUUACAGCCAAUGGAUGUUUCGGUUUUCAGGACUCUCAAAGAGCACUGGAAGAGGAAAGUACAUGAAUGGAGGCUAUCCAAUUUGGAGGCUCCAAUCUUGAAGAAGAAAGAUUUUCCAAAACUUUUGAAACAAGUUAUAGACAAUGUGCUACAAGUGACUAUUCUGGAAAAUGGUUUCAGAAAAUGUGGAUUGUUUCCAUGGAACCCAGAAGCUAUCACUCUACCAUUAAACAUUGAAGGUGAAAAUCAAGUCACAAAAGCCAAAAAACGUAGCCAAUUUUUGAAAGAAGGCCUUCGAUUUCUCAAUGAAAGUAUUCCAGAAAGCAAGCUGAAAAUAUUUUGUAACAGUAGUACAAGUAACGAGUUGGAGGAAAAAGAUAUUUCACUCUUUGAACUAUGGCAGAAGACAAAAUUAGAACUGGAAAGUAAUUUGCUGAAUGCAUCUGGUCCUACCAAUGAGGGGGCCAAUCUAAGCACUGUGGAUGGGGACCUAUCAUCUGCAACACUCACUCCUGAUGCUACUAAUGAGGGGGCCAAUCCAAACACUGUUGAUGGGGACCUGUCAUCUGCAACACUCACUCCUGAUGCUACUACUAAUGAGGGGGCCAAUCCAAGCACUGUUGAUGGGGACCUGACAUCUGCAACACUCACUCCUGAUGCUACUAAUGAGGGGGCCAAUCCAAGCACUGUGGAUGGGGAGCUGUCAUCUGCAACACUCACUCCUGGUGCUAUCAAUGAUUGUAUUGAUUAGCCUGCUGAAGAUAGUAUUGAUCAUACUGAUCUUUGUCAAGCUGGAACUUCUAAAGUAUCUUCAGAAAUCCCCAGCCCCUUCAAAAGACAUUUUUUUCUCCAGAAAGACAAGAAUGAACCAAAACAGAAACGAUCGAUGAAGGAGAAAAUGCCUGCCAUUGUCUCAGGACACCUGUGUCAAGAAUAUUUUAGAAAGAAGUUGGCAAAAAAGGAAGAAUUAGAAAAAAGAAAACUGGAAUGUGCUGCCGAGAGACAAAGGAAAAAAGAUGAAAAAGAAAGAGUGAAACAAGGUAAAGUUCAGCAGCAUAAGAAAAGGACUGCAAAGCAGGUGCUUCAUUAUGAAGACAGCUCAAACUCUGGCAUAGAUGAGGUGCUAUCAGACAGUGAUUUUAAAGAUGAGAGUGAUGAGGAAAGCAUGCAUGAGAAAACCCUGAAGAAACCAGUAGAGAGGAAAGUAGGUGAGUAUGUAGUUUUUUCUUAUGAAGAUGAGCUAUUUCCGGGUGUUAUAACUGAUGUUUGUGAAACAGCUGCUACUAUUUCAGCAAUGCAAAAAUCUGGGAGACUCUGGAAAUGGCCAGAAAAAGAAAGUUGAUAAAUUGGACUAUGAAUGGAGAAAUGUAAUAUGCCACAUUGAUGAGCCUUUAAAAAUGAGUACAACGAGAAAUGUUUACUCAGUCCCGGAACUUGCAUUUUUAUGGGAUUAACUUCUUUCAUUCUGAUAACUUAGCAGUCUUAGCACAACUCAUAUUCAUUUUUAAACUUAAUUUAUGUAAUUACAUCAACACUCAAUUUUUGUAUUUUUCUACAACUUUCAUCAUUUAUCUCAUUCCUGUAUUCAUACAGAGUACACAAAAAUUCAUUUACUAAACCUUUUCUCAUUAAAAACAUGUGUAAACUACUAAAGAAUG